AUGAAGAACUGCUCUGAGGUGACUGAGUUCAUCCUGUUGGGAAUCCCGCACACGGAGGGGCUGGAGACUAUACUCUUUGUCCUGUUCUUGCCCUUCUAUGCCUGUACCCUGCUGGGAAACAUGUCCAUCCUUGUGACCGUUCUUUCUUCUAAUCGCCUUCACACACCCAUGUAUUUUUUCCUGGGGAACUUGUCUGUGUUUGAUAUGAGUUUCUCCUCUGUGACCUGUCCUAAGAUGCUGCUCUACCUCAUGGGACUGAGCCCACUCAUUUCCUACAAGGACUGUGUCUCCCAGCUCUUCUUCUUCCAUUUCCUUGGCAGCAUUGAGUGUUUCUUGUACACCGUGAUGGCCUAUGACCGCUUCACCGCCAUCUGUCACCCUCUGCGGUAUGCAGUCAUCAUGAACCCUAGAGUCUGUGUGGCCUUGGCUGUGGGCACGUGGCUGUUAGGAUGUGUCCAUUCCAGCAUCCUGACUUUGCUUACCUUCACCCUGCCAUACUGUGGUCCCAAUGAAGUGGCUCACUUCUUUUGUGAUAUUCCAGCACUCUUACCCUUGGCCUGUGCUGAUACAUCCUUGGCCCAGAGGGUGAGCUUCACUAACGUUGGCCUAGUAUCUCUAGUCUGCUUUCUCCUAAUCCUUGUGUCUUAUACUCGAAUCACCAUCUCCAUCUUGCAGAUUCCAUCAACUGAGGGCCGUCGCCGGGCCUUCUCCACAUGCAGUGCCCACCUCAUCGCCAUCCUCUGUGCCUAUGGACCCAUCAUCACUGUCUACCUGCAGCCCACACCUAACCCCAUGCUAGGAACUGUGGUGCAAAUUCUGAUGAAUCUGGUGGGACCAAUGCUGAACCCUUUAAUCUAUACCUUGAGGAAUAAAGAAGUAAAAACAGCUCUGAAAAAAGUAUUGUAUAGGACAAACCAUGUUCCUGAGAUUUAA